UAUCCAAAAAACAGGAGCGGGUACGGCGAGGAAGAUUCGUGGGCCGACGGGGCAGCUAUGGGUCGGAGGAGAGCGCCGGAGGCUGGGACCCUCGGUCGGGCUCUUAUCCGCCAGCAAGUUCAGCGCAGCCGUAGCCAUCGUCACACCGACUCCUGGUUGCACACAAGUGAACUCAAUGAUGGCUAUGAUUGGGGUCGUCUUAAUCUUCAGUCCGUGACUGAACAGAGCUCCCUGGAUGACUUCCUUGCCACUGCAGAACUUGCAGGAACAGAGUUUGUAGCUGAGAAGCUUAAUAUUAAAUUUGUACCUCCUGAGGCUAGAACUGGACUACUGUCUUUUGAGGAGAACCAGAGAAUUAAGAAACUCCAUGAAGAAAACAAACAGUUCUUGUGUAUCCCAAGGAGACCAAAGUGGGACCAAAAAACUAGCGCAGAAGAACUCAGACAGGCAGAGAAAGAUAGCUUUCUAGAAUGGAGACGUCAACUUGUCCGGUUGGAAGAGGAACAAAACCUGAUAUUGACUCCAUUUGAAAGAAAUUUGGAUUUUUGGCGCCAGCUCUGGAGGGUGAUUGAAAGAAGUGAUAUCGUGGUCCAGAUAGUAGAUGCUCGAAAUCCACUCCUAUUUAGGUGUGAGGAUUUGGAAUGUUAUGUGAAAACAAUUGAUGACAACAAGGAGAAUGUUAUUCUGAUAAAUAAGGCUGACUUGAUGACUACCGAGCAGCGGAGUGCCUGGGCCGAGUUCUUCGAAAAGGAAAAUGUGAAGGUCAUUUUCUGGUCGGCUUUGUCUGAAGCCAUUCAACUGAUUGAUGACUCUAAGGAAGAAGUAAACGGAGACAGUGGAGAAGCCAUCACAGCUGAGUUUGAAAACUCCAGUUGUGACGAAGCUGAAACUCUACACAAAGAGACUGAACAUCUUUCACUUAAUGAAGUUGCCAGGAGUGAUGAAGAUGACAGCGAGUAUGAGGACUGUCGGCAGGAGGAGGAGGAGGACUGGCAGACGUGCUCAGAAGAUGGCAGCAGCCCCGACGAGCAGGCGCGCGGCCAGGAUGGGAAGGAACGCUGUGCUGUGCGUUCUGAGGCGCAAGGAAGGAAAACCCCACAGAAGAGGCAGAUACAGAAUUUUAGCCACCUGGUAUCGAAGCAGGAAUUACUGGAGAUCUUUAAGCAGCUACACUCUGGAAAGAAGGUGAAGAAUGGACAACUUACUGUUGGACUGGUGGGCUACCCAAACGUUGGUAAGAGUUCGACAAUCAACACCAUCAUGGGCAACAAGAAGGUGUCUGUGUCUGCCACGCCCGGUCACACCAAGCAUUUUCAGACUCUCUAUGUGGAACCUGGCCUCUGCUUAUGUGACUGCCCAGGCCUGGUGAUGCCAUCCUUUGUCUCUACCAAAGCCGAGAUGAUUUGCAGCGGAAUCCUCCCGAUUGACCAGAUGAGAGAUCACCUCCCACCUAUAUCACUAAUUUGCCAGAAUAUUCCAAGACGUGUUUUAGAAGCUACAUACGGCAUUGACAUCAUAAGGCCUAGAGAAGAUGAAGAUCCCCAGCGACCUCCAACGUCAGAAGAACUGUUGACGGCUUAUGGAUGUAUGCGAGGAUUCAUGACAGCACAUGGACAGCCAGACCAACCUCGAUCUGCACGCUACAUCCUGAAGGAUUAUGUCAAUGGUAAACUCCUGUACUGUCAUCCUCCUCCUGGAAGAGAUCCUCUGACCUUUCAGUAUCAACACCAGCGACUCCUAGAGAAAAAAGCAAAUGGUGGGGAAAUAAAAAUGCAGCUGCGCAGAAAUAAAAAAGCAAAUCAGAUUGAAAAUGUAGUGGACAAAACUUUUUUCCAUCAGGAAAAUGUGAGAGCUUUGACCAAAGGAGUCCAGGCUGUGAUGGGCUACAAGCCUGGGAGUGGCCUGGUGACGGCAGCUACUGUGAGCUCUGAGACGGGGGCUGGGAAGCCCUGGAAAAAACAUGGCAACAGAAAUAAAAAAGAGAAAAGUCGUAGACUCUAUAAGCACCUGGAUACGUGAAUUUGGCCUGCAACAGAAGUAGCAUCUGCACUGUGCAUCUGUGGUGCGAUAGGGUGGACCCUGCCCUUGUGAUUCACACCCAACAGCUGAUAUGAAGACCGGGGGGCUCCUCAGAGCACCAACUCCAAUUAACAGGGUCAUCUUGGAGCCCCAGAAACCUGUUCCUGUAGGAGGCUGAAUCUGAGAUGAGGGAAUAAAUGAUGUAUGUUUAUUUGUGUAAACAUAUAUACAAAUGCAUAGUAAUUUGUAAACUGGGAAUUUUUUGAAGAAAUAUUAAAAUUAAAUUGCCACAUG